CGCAGGGGAGGUGGAGCGGGCGGAGCCCCCCAAGCACCGGGCGUCGCUCCGUUCCCAUGGCGACAGCCAAUCGGAGCUCGCGGCACCGAAACCAUCGGGUAGCGAAAACCGCAUCGCAAUAAUGUCACCCGUUGUGCGUCUCGUCGCCUCCCCCCUCUCCCCCCCUGCUAGCACGCAAUUCUCGCCACGGCCACACAUUGACGUGGAUACGAAAAAAAGGAAAGCAAGCGGCAGGACAGCCGGUCCGAUCGACAGGGCUGACGACGUAGAGAAGGACCUCUUUUCUUUUUGGCGUACGUGCGUGAUAGUUGCAACGAACGACAAAGGAAGAAGUGAUGUGGGGAGGAGAGCGUUGAAGAGGGGAGACGGCAAGGGUAGCAGGAGUACUGAUAGAGUAGUUGCGAAAAAAGAGAAGACAAAAUGAAACGGCGGUGAGGCGAGGUGGCGAGGGGAAGCAUCGUCGAUUCGCCGAGAGGAGUGGGAAAAAGAAAAAAAAAAUGAGGCGCACAUAAGGAAAGCGAUCGAACGGCCGCCACUUCGGUGUCGGGCAGGCUCGAUGUACGUAACGCACGAACGGGAUAGCGGCGGAAAACCCGCCCCAACCGCAUCGUCACCGCCCGCCGGCCCGCGAAGGUACCGCCUUUUGCUCCCCUACCGGCCGACCCACGAAACCCUCCGCGGAGGGCAGAAGCGGCGGCAGCUACUCGGGGAGGAAGAACGCUGACGUCGAAAAGAGGGGGAGGCGACGCCAUUUUGUGUUUUUUUUGCGUGUGUGCCGGGGUUGACUGCCCAGGCAGCCGCACGCCAGACCAGCCCCGCUCUCGCAGGGCUGGCAGUGGGGAAACCGUUCGCGCCGCGAAAGGGCCGCAUCAGUUGGUGGCACCGCAGCAGGCACCCCGCUUCGUCGUGGCACAAGACUCGUGGACCGCCACGCCGCUACCACGGCCGGCUGGUUCCUUUAGUGCGAACGAGAAGACUAGGCGCUCGGACGUCUCUUCUGGUUUUCGAAAAGCCGCAGAAGCUGAGAGACAGAGGACCUCGGUGUGUGUGGUGAAAGAGAGGACGGGGGGAGGGUGCCCGGAAAGAUAGUGAUCACGAGUGGAGGGGUGACGAGAGAAAAAAGAGGGGGGAGUGAUGUGUUGUGCGGCAACGUCGCGGCAGCGACAGCAUCGGGAUCAACGACGUCGGAUCGGUGGAACCGGCAACCGUGGCGGCCCGUUGGCCCUUCUUCGAGUUGCUCCGACUCCGCGCCUGCGACGACGACCGCAGCUGUCGUGAAUGUGGCCGCAGCGUGACACCGCCGACCACGGACUACUACCACCGCUACUACUACGCGCGACCAGUGAGAAGAGGUCGCCGUCGACAGCGGCGGCGACGGCGCCGUGUCGACGUCUUCGCGGGUGUCCCCGACCGACCAGUCGGUGCCGCGAUUCUCCCUCCCGGCUGUGCUUCGCCGCGAGAGGCCCACCGGGGGGUUGACUCGGAAGAAUCGGAACGCUGAAAGACAAGACGUCGUCGACGUCUUCGGGCGUUCGCUGCUGAAGCGAGACAGCAUCGGGCUACCAUUCUGCAAGUCUGCGUGUCUCUAAAAAAAAAGCGCGGCGGACGAAGCUUUUUUUCGAGAGCGAGGUACUUCGUCUUCGGGAUCUGUGCAUGUCCAUGCAGUUCGGUCCCACGGCCGGCGCGGUCUCAUCGGCGAGCAUGCUCCCCUCGUUCGGCUUCACCCAGGAGCAGGUGGCAUGCGUGUGCGAGGUGCUGCAGCAGUCGGGCAACAUCGAGCGGCUGGGCCGCUUCCUGUGGUCGCUGCCCGCCUGCGAGCACCUGCAGAAGAACGAGAGCGUGCUGAAGGCCAAGGCCCUCGUGGCCUUCCACCGGGGCAACUUCAAGGAACUGUACCGAAUCCUGGAAUCCCAUCACUUCUCCGCUGCCUCGCACCCCAAGCUGCAGGCGCUCUGGCUCAAGGCGCACUACAUCGAGGCCGAGCGGCUCCGGGGCCGGCCGCUGGGCGCAGUUGGGAAGUAUCGGAUUCGCAGGAAGUUCCCUCUGCCCCGAACCAUAUGGGACGGCGAGGAGACCAGCUACUGCUUCAAGGAGAAGUCGCGAAACAUCCUGCGGGAGUGGUACGCGCACAACCCGUACCCGUCGCCGCGGGAGAAGCGAGAGCUCGCCGAGGCGACGGGACUGACCACGACGCAAGUGAGCAACUGGUUCAAGAACCGCAGGCAGCGGGACCGGGCCGCCGAGGCUAAGGACAGGGACCCUAACGACAAGCUGCCCACCAAAGGUUCGGGCAACAGCAACCACUCGAGCAAGUCGGGCUCGGACUCCGGCGGCUGCAUGAGCCCCCCGGACAGCAGCACCUUGCUCAAGUCGGACCGGCAUCACGGCGGAAGCAACAAGGCUUCUCCUCCGCCUCCUUCCUCCAUCGUCACUUCCGGCGGCGUGCCCCACCACUUGCACUUGGGCGGGCUUCCGGGCAGCCCCGUCACGCCCACCACCGAACUGUCACUGCACCACCCGCACAGCAUGAACGGCCUCUUCGGCUCGGACCUCAAGAGCUCUUCUUCGACGGGCGCUCCGGUUCUCGCGCCUUCGGUGCACCCGACGUCCACGCUGACGGCAGCGGCCGCAGCAGCGGCGGCCGCGGCAGCUUCCGGAGGAGGGGACCCCAGUUCCGUGCUGCCGGGCACCGGGGCGAGCGGCUUUCGGCUCGGGCAUCCGCUGGUUUCGGCCGCGGCGCUGAGCGACCUCAGCCUGGGCCUGACGCCCGACUACCAGGCCUUAUGACAAUCAGUCGCGGGGACCGCCGCCGGAGAGUCGGCGUGGUCCCCGCUCUGCCUGCUCCCCCCGGAACCGCACCUGAUGGCGGCGCAGUCCAGGGGAGCCGCGGCCGCUGCGGCUGCGGCCAGGACCGAAUCUAUGUUCUGCACGUAACCAGGCCAGACUCGUGCAGUCGUCUAUUUGAACAACGCGCAGCUCCUGGACAAGGCAACGCACCCCCUCCACGUCCAGGAGCUCACGGAGGCCCUGUGCUAAGGACCACGACUUCGUCCUCGCCGUAGCGCAAUCAGGAUGACACUGGCUUUAUGCAGCAGGAAAGGCUACUCGUGGGCAGGUCCUUGAAACCGCUCACAUGUAGCUCGCCUAGCGACGGUGUUUGGAAGAAAGGCGCUACAGCGACAAUGGAGACAGGCACUUUGCCAGAUGUGACGGUGCACGUCUUGUGUGUGGUCACCAAUAUGACUCCGACGCUGGGUCCUAAACAUCCAGUAAACAGCGAAAAGGGGUAUGCGCUGGACUUCCUUGUGCGAUAUUCAGUUGAGAAACGGUAUCGACGACUACGAGGUGUGUCAAGACGGUGGAGAAAUGUCCACGGCGACAAUCGCAAGUUUCAUAAUCGUGAGAAUAGCCGUUUCUAUAUGCGGUCGAGAAAACUGCCUUGGCCAAAGCGUGCUACAUUGCAACGCAUACCCACGAGCCUAUGUGUUCACAGAACAAACUACUCCUGACUUAGGAAUGGCCCUUCCGGGGAAUCACCUACGCCAGCUUAAAGGCAAUGAAAAUGCCCAUUUUCUUAAGGAAAAGGAAUCAAAGUCCGUUUUCGUUCACGCAAUAACGAAUUAGGCUUCGCGGUUUCGACUUCUUACAAUCUCACUUGCCGAAUCAAGAUGUAAUAGUGGGAUAAAAAGGUUCAGACGAUCAGAAGGUUUACGAGAGUAAGCAAUGUCCACAACAACCUGCCAGCUUGGUCAUCGCCUUUAGCGGGCUGCCUCCGUGACAUCCCUGUCAGUGUACAGUUCAAGCUUGCCUGCCACUACGUAAGCCAGAAAUAAGAGUGAGUCCGGCAUUGAAAUGUUGGGUGGAUUGUUCAGCCGUUCCCGAGCAUGCUAGUCUUAAAGUGUUAAGCUCGGAGGUUUGCCACGGCGAGUCGUCCAUGGGAAACGACAUUGUGUGUGCACCGUUGUGGAUGAAUGUGUGAUUGUGCUCGAAUGAUUGACAGAAGCGUGGCGGUGGAUGCAAAUCAAUCGCCAGCUGUGCUUUGAAGCGAGAAGACAUUGUGUGGUUUUGUGUGAGUGCCCCGCAAGCUGUGUCGGGACAUUCAUGCUGACUCAUCCAGCACACUGCUCUUAACACUCUUGUGGUUGUUCCUGACCCAUGUAAUUUUGCAUGGAGUGUGCAAGCAAGGGGACAGUUCGCAUUGCGUUCGGUGUGUCUACAUUGUGAGGUGAGCAACAGCGACUGCUUUGCUUCAAAACCGGCAAGAAAAAAAAUGACCCUUGCGUUGUAAACGAGGCUGCGCCAACAAAACGUUCGCUUCAAACAGAUAUCUUCGACGCGGUGCUAUGUGCCCCGGAACAUAAACCAGUGGUGUUGUGGUGGUUUGCAGUGAUGUGCGCUGACGUGCGGAACCAAAGAGGCUAGGGAACUUGCGCGCCUCACAGCAAAACACAGAUGUCCCGGCGUCGUCAGCAAGGACCAGGAGGUUAUUUCCAAAGCCAACUCUACGGGAAUAACGAUAGCAGGACCACGUAGAGAGAGACGGUGUAUAGAUUUGACUAUCAUUCUGACGACAACUCUGGACCGUUUCCUUUCAUCGUUCCAGAAUAGAUAUUGAACACUCUGCCCAGUGUUUAUGUGUGCAUGUACGUGUUUGUGCGGGGCAGGUGGAGAGAGUUUGGACUCUCGACUUGGAACGCUUUUGCACGAAAAUGUGGUUAUUAUGACAUAUGCGCUCACAGCAAGCCCCCUCCUCCCUUUUUCCCACCUUCGUUCCGUGUAUAGAUUCUAGUCUUUCGCUCUCUCAGACGAGAGCUCAUGUCACGUGCAAUGAGAGCACGUCGCUUUUGCCGCUGUCUCUCUAAGACUUCGCGAACGCGUGCACCACCAAUCGCGUGCAGAUGCCUCUCACUGACGUCACGACGACUUCUACUCAAAUACGAGGGACUUCCCAAAGAAUUCUCGCCCAUCUGCUAGCUAGUGAUACGUAAAAGAGCAUUACGAACUUUCAUUCAUGUUACGUAACACGAGUUUAGGCUCCGUAGGCAAAGAUUACAAAUGGCAAACGCUAGUUCCCAGCCAUCCAUUUUUGAUUAUGGGUGCCCGCUCCCCCUUUAUAUUAUAAAGAGUAUCUGCUUAUUUCGCCUUACUUCAUUCACACGAUGUGGCAUGCACAGUGAGAAGCGUCACUCCAGUCAGCAUUACAACCUGGGAGAGGAGCACUCUACUGUAAUGGUACCUAUGUUUGUCGGGAAACUCUACAAUUCGUACAGCUAACUGCUACAGCGCCUCUGAGCUCCCUGGCCAACUGUUUUGCUCACCACCGGAGAUCUCCGAGGCCUCUCCUUAUGGGCCCUCUGUAGAUGUCACCGUGAUGAUGCAGUUUAGACUGUCCACAAAGGUGCAAUUUAGCCGCGCCUCAUCGUCAGCGCCGCAAUAUUAGUGAUUGCUUUUAGAAAUUAAAGGAUCUUGAAACAAGCUAAGCUACUACAAUGAAAUGAUUUCGCGCUAUUCACUACUCCAUGGAGAUAUCUAGAAUAUUGCGAAGAUCAAUGGGAAUUUCUCACGACUCGGCCGUAACCUGUGCAGGUUUCGUUGUGACGUCACGUGCAAGGCAUCUGCGCAGAUUCUUGAACGACACUUUCACUCGACACGGGAAAAAAAAAAACAAGAAAGAAUGCGAGUGGCGACCCGAAGCAAUAGCCGAAGCUAGUUGUUCAGGUCAGCGCGAAACCAGCACCAGUCAGCGCUGCCGGCAAGCGCACGAAUGAAAUACAUUUAUUUUUAUUGUUUCGUACGAUCACCACAGCGUUGAAUUUGGUGCCGCCAGUGCUGGAACGUAUACGACAUCGCCCUGUAGCACGCAGCUGCUGUCAGGUAUAAACAAGCUUUGUUUCUUUUCUUUUCGUUUCUUUUUUUUUCUGCGUUAGUGACCAAAAUCUCUGUCGUGACAGAACGAGCCUCCAUAGCGUCAGUUUUAACGAGUGUCUGAUAACAGUUUGUCCAAAUGCAGCUGAACCUGACCAUAACAAAGUCGCAUUGUAGGCGUAGAUUUCUUUCGCUGUAUCCAAUAUUCGUUAUAAAGGUAAACACAUGAGUUGGCUGAACAAAUCUACUUGAAGCGCCCUCGCUGAAGAAGUUUGAAGGAAAACUGCGUGACCAUGCAACGCAGGCGAGCGUCAAGAAUUCGUGUCUCGAUAUAAGCAUGCAGCGUGUUCCUUACCUUCCCGCGGCCUCAAUAUUAGCGGAAAAAGACGGAGUGCAGAAUGAGGUUAUUUGAUAUCAUAAGCCACACUGUUAAUCAAACUAGUGCAAGGCUUUGUUUUCUGCCACUGUAGUGGUAGAAAACAAAGCCUGCGAUCACCUAAGGUAGACACUUUGAGAACUGGAUCAGUGAAGCCGAAGCAGUGGUUGACACACUUAUAAUGAAUAAGUUCGGCAGCCACCUGAUGCACCCCAAAUUGAUAGACAGAAAAAUUUACUUCACUGUACUUUAUGGAGCCUUACAUUUUCAAUUCAAUUAUAGCUGCUGAAGGCUAUCCAUAGAUUUUGCAAUGAAAUUUUACAUUGAGUUGAUUUUAUGAAAUAGUUCGUUAUACCAACGGUUUUUAUAUUGCAAUUCCACUGUAUAGCGAUACCGGGGGAAAAAAACUUUUUUUCUACAGUCCUGUGUACAGAAGGAAAAGCUCGCUAUGUAGUCACUGUCGAACGUUUUGGUUGUUUUGUGUUUCAUGACGUCACUUUCACACCAUCUUGUUUUUCGGCAAAAAAAAAAAAUCUCGACGCGUGCAAGCGAUCACAAUAUUUUUGUGCUGUUGUUUUCUUUUAUCUCUCUCUCUCCCUUGUGCUUUCAAUUCUCAAAUUUCUUUCUUCAUUUUCGUCGUACUUUCAGGUUUCCAGCUGUUGUGAUAGCGGUGUAAAGUAAUAUUCCAAGGCACAACGUAUUCUUUAUCUGUCCUUUUUUGUUUGCGGGCUCGCACGAACGCACGCAUUGGCCGCGUUGCGCGUACUAGACUGCGAGAGUAAUAUUCGACUGCUGCCUACGUCGCGGCAGCAAACGGCUUCGCGCUGUUAACAUCAAAGAGCGUGCGAGUUGCGUAAUCUUCUUCGUCGCAAUGAUAUCAGCAUUGGGAUUAGGGCACCACUCUGUAAAAUAUUUUACUCCCUUAAAAACGAAAAAGGGUGUAAAUGUGUCUAUAACUCACGCCCUUAGGGUGUGAUUUAUAUAACUGACAUCUUAAGGGUGUGAGUUAUGGACACAUUUACACCCUUUUUCACUUUUAAGGGUGUAAAUUAUUUUACAGUGCAUUCGAAUACUCUAAGCUCGAUAAGCUUUAUUGAAAGAUAACUUUGGUUGCAGCUGAAUGACAGCGGACGGUUCACCUGUCUAAUAACGGUUACGUAACCACUGAUCGAAAUUUCCCAAUAGAACAGUGUUAAUAUUACUUAAUAAACAGGGUCUUUCAGGAUUAAAUUAUUCAUGCUGGGUGAACGCGGAGAAAAAACACGGAGAUAGCAAGAUGCCAGCACACAAAAGCAUUCAACGGACACGAAUGAGAAAGAAUAAUUGAGUUACCGCUAGACUGGUAGCCUGUAUUUAUUGAACGGGAAAUUAGUAAACAUAUUGUGAUCGCGGUGGAAACUUUAAUACAGAAGGAAGCACGCAGAAGCACCGCCACCCCACAAUUCCCACGGCAAUUUGCCUUGACAUAACAAAUUCUGAUAUUGCAAGGUCAGGGCUAGUUAUUUGUUCGUUCACUAAGCAAGGUUACGUUGGUCAUGAAAGUAAAGCCCGCCAACGUUAUUGGUACUUGUUUUUCUGCUCGAAGGCAGUAGGAACCCGGGUAGAUAUUGCGAGAAGCGCGUGACGUCACACUCACGUACGUCACUGUGACCGAAGUUUCAACGCGAAAUUCAAGAAGUUUCCGUUAGUUUCCUGCACUUGCAAUCGAUAUGCUUUUCGGCUUUCUCUGCCGUAGAAACUGUUGGUAUAGUUCUGGAAGGAUAACCCGCCGGUCUAUCUAAACCGGUUUAGUGUCUAUCUUCAGUGUCCCAAUAAUUGCACGUGAUGUGUCCACUUUUUUGCAGGCUACGGAAAGCGCUUUACGAAGCUCUCACACUGUAGCAAGGGUACGAAAGUGUGCUUUCAUUUCUUUUAUUAGCUGGUUAGAAGGAAAGUGACAAGGUAGGAAGCGCGGCGGCCAUAUUGUCCGGUCGUUGAAGAAAGCGUACGCGAUGAGUGUGCGCGCGCGAAUAUUAUAAAUAGACCUACGAGAGUUAUAUAUGGAGUUUGCGUGUGUGCCAACACGUCUCUGUCAAAACAGUGUACAUGCCUCUUUCUCCAUUUUUUUUUCCUUUUUGUAAAUAGGGAAACGAUAGUAUAAAUAAAUGGAUGGGUGAAAACGAA